AUGGGCGGAAUUCUUGACGGUGUUGCCGGAAAUCUGAUCGGAAGGAUCAUUGAAGCCGCCAGCCGACCGGAGUUUCGUCAUAUCCGACGCGAACUAAGAAAUCUCGAAACGAAUGUGUCGAAUCUCAAGCCCGGACUCAGAGACGCCGAGGAGAAGCAGGCAAACGAUGGGAAACUCUAUGGUCUGCUUAAUCAACUCAUGAACGAAUUUUCAAAGGCCGAUGAUCUCCUUAACGAAUUGGAAUGCGAAUAUUUGAAGUGGAGAGGGCAGAAUCAAAAGAACGACGUUGACGAAAAGGGAUGCCAGUUCUCUUCUUGUUUCUCGUCCAAUUUCUUCGUUCCUUCAACUAAAACUACCGAUAAAAUGAACGGAAUCACAAAGGCCUUAGAUACGAUUGCGGAAACCAUGUCUGAAUUCUCUCUGAUUGAAGAUGAAAAUAAACACAUCAAACGUUUGAAGAGUGAAAUGACUCUGCUGACCUCCAUUACUGGUUCGCAAGCUUUCUCUAGGCUUCUGCAUUUGAAGAAAGAGGCGAUUCUCUCUAAUAAUGUCGACUCCAUUAUUGGUAGAGAUGAAGCAAAAAAGAGUAUCAUUGAUGAACUACUGAAGGAUGAAGACGAUAAACAAAAAUCUCGGCGUAUUCUCUCAAUUCAUGGAGAUGGAGGGAUGGGAAAGACGACUCUGGCCAGGUUAGUCUACAAUGACCACAAAGUGUUUGAUCAUUUUGACAAGAGAAUGUGGGUAUGUGUUUCUGAAGAUUAUGAUGUUCAGAGAAUCAGAAGGGAGAUUCUCAGUUCAGCAACUGGCGAAAAGGUUAACGAUGUCCUAACCGAGAAGCGUGUACAAAUCCGGCUCAAUGGGAACUUUGUCGGCAGAAAAUUGUUGCUUGUUUUGGAUGAUUUUGGGGCUUUGGAUCCCGGUAGAGUAUCAGAAGUGGAAAAAUUAGUGGAGAUGGGUGCUAAUGGCACCAAGAUCAUGAUCACCACUCGCAGUGAGCAAACUCUACAGGAUGCUGCAACACACAAG